GUGACGCUCUGGCCCGACGCCGACGGUCUCUCGGUGGCUCCUGGAGGACCCGGCGGGCUGCGUCUUGGAGGGAAGCCCUGCCCCUUUGGCCUCCAACACAUCCAGCCCAGCCCGAAAUCUGCUCCUGAUGCUCCUACUUACUCAUGUGUUCUCCACAGAGCCAAAGGCCAGGCCCCAACUGUGAGGCCUGACUCCUUGCCCAUACCACCCUCCCAUGGCCUGCCGCCCAGGACCAGGGUCUUGCUGAUGGGGUAACACAGCAGAUGAAUGGACACCUGGAAGCAGAGGAACAGCAGGAUCAGAGGCCAGACCAGGAGCUGACUUGCAGCUGGGGCCGCAGGCCUAGAAGCGCCCUGGACAGGGCCGAGGCCAUGGCCCCCCCACCGCCUCCACCACUGGCCGCCAGCACCCCGCUCCUGCAUGGCGAGUUCGGCUCCUACCCGGCCCGGGGAUCCCGCUUAGCCCUCACUCUCACACCACAGGCCCUGCACAUACAGCGGCUGCGCCCGAAGCCCGAAGCCCGGCCCCGGGGCGGCCUGGUCCCAUUGGCCGAGGUGUCAGGCUGCUGCACCCUGCGGAGCCGCAACCCCUCAGACUCGGCGGCCUACUUCUGCAUCUACACCUACCCGCAGGGCCGGCGCGGGGGCCGGCGCAGAGCCGCCCGCACCUUUCGCGCCGACGGGGCAGCCGCCUACGAGGAGAACCGCGCUGAGGCCCAGCGCUGGGCCACUGCCCUCAUGUGUCUGCUCCGUGGACUGCCACUGCCUGGGGACAGGGAAAUAACCCCCGAGCUGCUGCCAAGGCCACCCCGAUUGCUCCUAUUGGUCAAUCCCUAUGGGGGGCGGGGUCUGGCCUGGCAGUGGUGUAAGAACCACGUGCUGCCCAUGAUCUCUGAAGCCGGGCUGUCCUUCAACCUCAUCCAGACAGAACGGCAGAACCACGCCCGGGAGCUGGUUCAGGGGCUGAGCCUGAGUGAGUGGGACGGCAUUGUCACAGUCUCGGGAGACGGGCUGCUCUUCGAGGUGCUGAACGGACUCCUAGACCGCCCUGACUGGGAAGAAGCUGUGAAGACACCCGUGGGCAUCCUCCCCUGUGGCUCAGGCAACGCUCUGGCUGGAGCUGUGAACCAGCACGGGGGGUUUGAACCUGCCCUGGGUGUCGACCUGCUGCUCAACUGCUCGCUGCUCCUCUGCCGGGGGGGCAGCCGCCCGCUGGACCUGCUCUCUGUGACGCUGGCCUCGGGCUCCCGCUGUUUCUCCUUCCUGUCUGUGGCCUGGGGCUUCGUGUCAGACGUGGACAUCCAGAGCGAGCGCUUCAGGGCCCUGGGCAGCGCCCGCUUCACAUUGGGCACGGUGCUGGGCCUUGCCACCCUGCACACAUACCGCGGACGCCUCUCCUACCUCCCUGCCGCUGUGGAACCUGCCUCCCCCACCCCUGCCCACGGCCUGCCCCGUGCCAAGUCAGAGCUGACCCUGGCCCCGGCCCCGGCCCCGGCCCCACCUGUGGCACACUCACCCCUGCAUCGCUCAGUGUCUGAUCUGCCUCUGCCCCUGCCCCAGCCUGCCCUGGCCUCCCCUGGCUCACCUGAGCCCCUGCCCAUCCUGUCCCUCAAUGGUGGGGGCCCAGAGUUGGUCGGGGACUGGGGUGGGGCUGGGGAUGCCCCACUGUCCCCAGACCCCUUGCUGCCCUCACCACCUAGCUCCCCUAAGGCUUUACUGUCACCCAUCACCGAGGGGGUCCUAGAAAUGCCAGCCUCCUCUGGGCUCCCACCUCCCACCCCUGAUGCCCUGGGAGCCAUCUCUACCGGGGGCCCACCUGACCACCUGCUCCCACCUCUGGGCACCCCACUGCCCCCAGGGUGGGUGACGCUGGAGGGGGACUUUGUGCUUAUGUUGGCCAUCUCACCCAGCCACCUGGGGGCUGACCUGGUGGCAGCUCCCCAUGCGCGCUUUGACGACGGCCUGCUGCACCUGUGCUGGGUGCGCGGUGGCAUCUCGCGGGCUGCGCUGCUGCGCCUUUUUCUGGCCAUGGAGCGAGGUAGCCACUUCAGCCUGGGCUGUCCGCAGCUGGGCUACGCUGCGGCCCGUGCCUUUCGCCUCGAGCCUCUCACGCCUCGCGGCGUGCUCACUGUGGACGGAGAGCAGGUGGAGUAUGGGCCACUGCAGGCGCAGGUGCAUCCAGGCCUCGGCACACUGCUCACUGGGCCUCCGGGGCGCGCGGGUCAGGAACCUUGACCCUAAGGAAGCUUGCUGCCCGCCAGGGGCGGGGCCGGCAUUCCGAAGAGGCGGGGCCUGGCCUAGGGGCGGGGCCUAGCUGCUAGAGUUAGGGUGAGGGCCCCACACGCAAGGACCCCUGCCCCGUCUCGGGAUUGCGCCCAACCCCCAGGGGACCAGAGGUAAUGUGGGAUGGAGUGUGGCCCGAACUCCAGGGGGUCGGGGUCAUCACGGUCACCGACAACGGGCUGGCCCCGACGGUAGUGCCUAAUGAGGGCGGAGCUCGGUCCGGGCCCUCGCUUCCGGCUCGUGGGAGGCCAGGUCCGCUGAGGGCGGAGACUGUCUUACGCGUUGUCCAAUGACGGGACCUGGCAUGUACGGGCCGGGGAGGCCUUAGUUAAUUGGCCAGUCAGGGCCCGGUCUCACCCCCACUCCGGUGCCUCCAUUUAACUGGCCAAUCAGCCCAGGAGGGGCAGGUUCCCCGGGGCCGACGCUCGGAUUUGCACUAAUGUUCCUCCCACCCACCGCCGGUGGGGACGAGGAAACUCAUUUCUCCCGUCUUCUGUCUCUUGUGCGUCCCCUGACCCCAAUCUUCAAAGCAAUUGAAAAGGUCUAUGCAAUAAAGGCAGUCGCUUCAGUCCUCUCA